AGCAUGCGGCUGGGACGGGGUUUGUACGAAUAUUGGAGGGAGGUCGUGAAGGGGCGCGGCGAGGACGGAGAUCAGGCAGCAGAUUAAGAGACAUCAUGACAAUCUACAGUUUCUGGAUCUUUGAUCGCCAUUGCGAAUGUAUAUACCACAAAGACUUCAAGCGGCCACAACGAGUCCUGCGACCGCCCACGCUCGCGUCAACGACGGGGGACACUAAAGAAAACGCACAGCAGCAGCAGAAGCGGGUAGUCUCGUCCGGAGGUCCGCCGAAGGGAACUGGGCCGUUGACGGUGGACGACGAGGCGAAGUUGGUGUUUGGCGUGGUGUUUUCGUUGCGGAAUAUGGUUACCAAGUUAGCUGGCGAUCGGGAAUCGUUCUUUGCGUUCAAGACGUCAAAGUAUAAGUUACACUUCUUUGAGACGCAGACGAAUCUUCGGUUUGUGAUGGUCACGGAUGUGCGCGUGGAAGGCAUCAGGCCGAUAUUAGAGCAGAUCUACGCGGGCCUGUAUGUCGAGUACGUUGUCAAGAAUCCGCUUAGUCCGCCUGAACAUCCGGGUGGAGAGGGCGUGAAUAACGAGUUGUUUAGUCUUGGGCUGGAUAGGUUUCUUACGCCGCUUGAGAUUUUCGAGUGAGAGGAGAGUACGAGUUGAAGAGGAAGGGAAGAGGGAUUGAAUGUAUUUUACGGAUUAGAGGUAUGCUGUCAGUGAAUCAAGUAGAGAUU